AUGGAGGACAUCCAGCACAUCCCCGGGCAGGAGGCGCGGCAGGAUGCGCCGUGGACCGGCACGUCGCCCACAAGGCGAGUGGCAGCGGGGCUGAAGCGGACUUUCACGCUGACCCUCGAGAGCUACGCGUUCGGGCCCGCCGCGAGCUUCGCCCCCGGGCUGGACAGCGACGACGCCGGCGCCUUCGCGGAGGGCUACCGGGCGUGCCGGACGUCGAGCAUCCGCAGCAGCGUCCUCAGCGAGGUCGGCAGCAUGGUGCCGUCGAGGGUGCCGUCGAGGGACUGGACCCCGAACGACGGCACCUCCUCGUUCUCGGCAUCGGUGGCCAACCUCACGAAGUCCAUGGUGGGCAUCGGCAUGCUGACCCUCCCCCGGGCGUUCGCGGACUGCUCCGUGCUCCUGGCCGUGGGCGCGCUGAUGUUCUGCGGGGCGCUCUCAGCGGUGUCCUUCUUCCUGCUGGGCUACUGCGCUCACGUCACGAACACCCGCACCCUGCCGCAGCUGUGGGAAGCUACCGUUGGAGGGACCUCGGAGCACGCCGUUCGUGGAGCUCAUUGUGCUAGUGGACACCUCCCUGAGCUGCGUCGCCUUCGCGCUCCUCAUGGCCGACUACGCCACGCUGAGCGUGGGAGGCCUCUGCCCGCAGCUGCCGGAGCUCGCCCGCUCCCGCCGCAGCCUCGUGGCCCUGAUCGUGCUCUCGGUGCUGCUGCCCCUCUGCAUGGCCAAGCGCUUGUCCCUGUUGCGGUUGUCCUCCAUGGUCGGCCUGGCGUGCACGUUGUACGUUUUCUCGCACGUCGUCGGCGACUUCGCGGUGGGGGCCGCCGAGGAGCAGGUCCAGCUGCAGUGGUUCAGGAUGAUUUCGACCAGCUGGGCUGCUGA